UACUAGGGCGGGGGGGGAACCUUUCUCUGGUUUCUCUCUCUCUCUCUCUCUCUUUCUCUCUCCCCACCCUCCCUCUCUCUCCCCACCCUCCCUCCAAGGGUUUUAAUCAUCAUUCAUUUGGAAAAGUGACACCAGCGCUUCUGGAUGGACAAGCCAAGCAGACAGAAGCAAGGAGAUCCAGCACCGUUCACAUCUUCAGUAGCGGCCACGCACCUCCGCCUCGAAUCCCUUUUCAUCUGGAAAUUGUGACCUUAUAAUUUCAACAGAGAGAGAGAGAGAACCCUACACACACACACACACACAUACACACACACAUACACACAGAGAUGUAUCAAUGACCAACAGAGAGUGUGUGUGUAUGCGUGAAAGAACCAUCUUCCAAUUUCUGGGGAUUUUAAGAUUGUAAAAUCUGCAUCGAAAAAGAUAAUCAUCUGGCAAAAUCCAGCGGCUGUGUGUUCACAGUAAAGGCUGCUAAAAAAGACACAGACAGAGAGAGAGAGAGACAAGAAUAGCUUUAAACACGCUGGCUGAUGGCACAAAGGUAUGACGACUUGUCCCACUAUGGGAUAGACGGGGUAUCCAUGGCUAGUUAUGGAGAGUCACACGCCUCUCGGAAUCUGGCUCACCAUCUGAACCACGGCCCCGGCAUCCACGCACAACACUACCCGCCUGGAAGCACCUCUCACCGGGUACCGUUACCUGGGAGUCUGGGCAAUAACAUCAACGACAGCCUGAAAAGGGAAAAGGAUGCGAUAUACGGACAUCCUCUGUUCCCUUUACUUGCCCUGAUCUUUGAGAAGUGUGAACUAGCUACAUCUACUCCCAGGGACUGCGGGGUAGCCGGAGGAGAUGUGUGUUCGUCAGAUUCCUUCAAUGAAGACAUCGCAGUGUUCGCUAAACAGAUUCGAACAGAAAAACCUUUAUUUUCCUCCAACCCUGAGCUGGAUAAUUUGGUAAUUAGAGUCCACGAGUUAUGUGAUAACUUCUGCCACCGCUACAUCAGCUGCUUAAAGGGCAAGAUGCCCAUUGACCUGGUGAUAGAGGACCGUGAUGGAGGCUCGAAGUCUGACCUGGAGGAUUUCACCGGCUCUUGUACCAGCCUCUCCGAUCAGGCACAAAAGGGGGACGUUGCUGCGAGGCGGGCACAGGAGGCCAGGAGAAAGAGAGGGAUGAAAAAAGCGACAGAGAGGCGAGAAACGACCCGUGGAAUAGGUGCUGAAGACGGGGCUGAGCUUCCUGAGUUGCAGCUGGAGUGA